GUCAAUUAUAAAAACGAGCGUCGUGGCUCGUUGAUCGGCAGGUCUGUCCGUUUGACUGUCCGUUUGUCUAUAAUUACAAGUCAGUCGAAACCCGUGAAAAAGGUCCAUCGUACCACUAUUAUCAUCAGAUCCCUGAGACCGACCCAUGGUCAGCCAGACCAGACGACCGACACAUCACGGCCCUCUUUGAACUUCCUUUGUUGCGGUAGAAACACUAGAAAGUCUGCGGUUACCGCCCACCUGCAAACCAACCCACCUAUCACAAGAGAACCACAACCUAGACAAUGGCACCUCAGAACAUCUACGACGACCCUGUCUUUUUCGACCUCUACUCCGAGUACCCUCGCGCUAAGGAAGGAGAGAAAGGAGCUUCAGAAUGGCCCGAGCUCCUGCAGAUGCUACCCCACGACCUCAACGGCAAGAGGGUGCUGGACCUCGCGUGCGGCGAGGGCUGGUUCGCACGGUGGUGCGUGUCGCGCGGCGCAAAGUCAGUCGACGCCUGCGAUAUUAGCGUCAACAUGCUGCGCAAGGCCGAGGGCCUCACCAAAGGGCCCAAGACCACAUCCACCACGACCACCUCCGCAUUGGGCCUCGGCGCGUACGGCGGCGGCGGCGCGAGGGGCGUCGGCGCCGACGACGUCGAGGACGGGCUCAUCCGGUUCACGCGCGUGGACCUCGAGACGCUGCAGCUGGCGGCCGAGACCUACGACCUGGUCUUUUGCGGGCUGGCCCUGCACUACGUCAAGAACCUGGCCGGCCUGAUGCACCAGGCGCACUCGUCCCUCGUCCCCGGCGGCGUGUUUGUCUACUCCAUCGAGCACCCGUUCCUGACGGCACCCACCUGCCCCAAGUUCAUCCGCACCCCCAGGACCAACACCAACAACAGCACCGCCCAGCCCGACGGCGGCGAGGAGGUCGACCAGUGGACCGUCGACAGCUACUUCACCGAGGGCGUGCGGUCGGUGGACUGGAUCGUCAACGGCGUCAUCAAGCAGCACCGCACGCUGACGUCGUACUUCGAGGCGAUGCGCGAGGCCGGGUUCGAGGUCGAGAAGAUGGACGAGUGGGGCGCGACCAACCAGGCCGGGAGGAAGCACCCGGACUGGGUGGAGGGCGUGAUCCCUCGCUUCCUGCUGGUCAAGGCGAGGAGAAAGGGCAGGCAGGCGAGGCCGUGGGGUGGGAUUGCAAAGGUAUUUGGCUUCUCCUCGCAGUAG